AUGGUGAAUACAAGUAAAUUUGGCCGUGGACGUGGGCGUCUAAUCUGCAGAGCACCCUCUAGAGAAAUUCAACAAGUAUAUGGACAAUGUUUCUACCGGAGAGAAGAAGGACGUGACCAGACUUACCGAAAACCCAGCAGACCUCUAGUUCCGGAAAACAAAUCAGAACUUGAAAAAUGGGAACCACGGGAAAAACAACGACGUCAAAAUCCAUUGAAAGACGUUAAUCCUUCUAAAUACAUUGAAUUAAUUGCACAAUGCGAGGCUAACCCAGGAAAGUUCCCCGGAACUUUGUAUUGUCUAAAGCUGGUAUUGGGGGAAGCACAGUUAAAUGAAUUUGUACGAAACAUUGGUUGGACAGAGGAUCAAUUGAGAGAAUGGAAUAUCACAACAGAUUGGGAAAUGUACAAUAAAAGAUUAGAUAGUAAGGCAGCAACAGAUGAAACAAAAACGUCAUCUUCAUCGUUUAACCAACAAUAUGGGGCAGAAAGUAGUGGAGGGAUUGCAUUUUACUCUUAUCAAUAA